AUACCAACAAAAUGUGUGACGAUGACACCACUCCUCUGGUUGUGGACAAUGGUUCAGGUAUGUGCAAAGCUGGCUUCGCCGGUGACGACGCUCCCCGCGCCGUAUUCCCCUCCAUCGUCGGCCGUCCUCGUCACCAGGGUGUGAUGGUCGGUAUGGGUCAGAAGGACGCCUACGUCGGUGACGAGGCCCAGAGCAAGCGAGGUAUCCUGACUCUCAAGUACCCCAUCGAGCACGGCAUCAUCACCAACUGGGACGACAUGGAGAAGAUCUGGCAUCACACCUUCUACAACGAACUGCGUGUUGCCCCUGAGGAGUCCCCUGUCCUCCUCACUGAGGCUCCCCUCAACCCCAAGGCCAACCGUGAGAAGAUGACCCAGAUCAUGUUCGAGACUUUCAGCUGCCCUGCCAUGUACGUGGCCAUCCAGGCCGUGCUGUCCCUGUACGCCUCUGGUCGUACCACAGGUAUCGUGCUGGACUCUGGUGAUGGCGUGUCUCACACUGUCCCUAUCUACGAAGGUUAUGCUCUUCCUCACGCCAUCAUGCGUCUCGACUUGGCUGGUCGUGAUCUUUCAGACUAUCUGAUGAAGAUCUUAACUGAACGUGGCUACUCCUUCACCACCACAGCUGAACGUGAGAUUGUCCGUGACCUCAAGGAGAAACUUUGUUAUGUUGCUCUUGACUUCGAAAACGAGAUGGCUACAGCUGCUGCCUCUUCCUCCCUGGAAAAGUCCUAUGAACUUCCCGACGGUCAGGUCAUCACCAUCGGCAACGAGCGUUUCCGUGCUCCUGAGGCUCUCUUACAGCCUUCCUUCCUGGGUAUGGAGUCCUCUGGUAUCCAUGAAACUGUGUACAAUUCUAUAAUGAAGUGUGACGUUGAUAUCAGAAAGGACCUUUAUGCCAACAUUGUCAUGUCUGGUGGUACCACCAUGUACCCUGGUAUUGCUGACCGCAUGCAGAAGGAAAUCACCACACUGGCUCCCUCUACCAUCAAGAUCAAGAUCAUUGCUCCUCCCGAGCGUAAGUACUCCGUAUGGAUCGGUGGCUCCAUCCUGGCCUCUCUGUCCACCUUCCAGUCCAUGUGGAUCACCAAGGAGGAGUACGACGAGUCCGGCCCCGGCAUUGUCCACCGCAAGUGCUUUUAAUAAAAAGAUAUCUCCC